AUGCCGUCUGUCGACCCACUACGAAACGCCGCUGCCAGCAACGCUUUCCAGCACCCACCCCAGCCAAUCUCCGUCGCCGCCCCUCCCAGCCGCGAUCUUUGGGCCGCCGCCGAGCGCCUCGAGCCGGCUGCUGUCCGGGCGAUUCUGGCGUCUAUGAAGCCGGCAUACGAGGAACUGGUUCUCGCCGCCGCUGCCAAGGAGGAUCACGAGCAGAAGCUGGGUCGCAGUCUCGACCGCCUUGAGGCCGCGACCUUCAAGGCAUCGUUCUUGCAAGUCCGCCUAGCAUACUCCCUCGCUAGCGUGACCAAAUACGUGCCGCCUGACCGUUCUGUCGCCCCCGUGGCCGCCAACACGGAGCCCAUGAUCUUCGGAUCGGGCAGGUGGAGCGGCAAGAUGCCCAAAAAGUUUGACUGGAGCGACGGGAUCCUCGAGGCACUCGAGGACCUUUGGCACGUCUUCUCGGAGAAUGAGGCAGAUGGCCUGAGGGACAUUACUUCCUUCCUUUGGAAGCAACACUUCAGAUGCGGCAAAGCGACGCCAGGCCUGCAGCGUGACGCGCAGACGGGCAAGAUCACGCACGUCCUGUGGGAGCCUUCCCUAAAGCAAGUUGCGGCCGCCGCCGACGUACGACUGGUCGCCCCCUCAGCCCGUCUCCAACGCCGCCCCUCCUAG